AUGGUGGUUCUUACUUUUGCAACAAAGUUGUUUCCCGAGUUGCUCGAAAAAUAUGGAGUUAAGCACAAGGUGGCCACCCCUUAUCAUCCUCAGUCGAGCGGUCAAGUUGAACUUGAACACAAAGCUAUGUGGGCAUUGAAAAAUUUAAAUCUUGACUGGGCCGAAGCUGCUAAUCAAAGGAUGAUACAACUCACCGAGAUGGAAGAAUUUCUUUUUCAUGCCUAUGAGAAUGCAGCCAUGUAUAAGGAAAGAAUGAACUUUACUGAUGCUCUUUCUGGGAAAACUAAAAUCCAAAUGUUCUGGCCUGUUCAAAUUGUGAAUGUGUCUUCCUAUGAAGCUAUUGUAUUGGAAUCCGAGGAUAGGACUCGAACCUUCAAAGUAAAUGGCCAAAGGAUCAAGCACUACCUCAGAACCAUUGGAGAAAGGCACAUGGUCGAACAAUGCACACUAAAGGAUGGUCGUACACCAACACCCACCACUGAUUAG